AUACAGUCCAGACCCACCCCUCACUGCCUGCCAUGACCGUCCUCUACAAUACGAGACUGUAUUCUUUGUACCUCCCCUUUCUCGUCCUCCGUCUGUGGAUCCCAGCCUCCCUUCCUAGAUAUCCAUCCACACCUCUCUACCCGCAAACGGCUCCUAGUGUGACAAAAAAAGAGAGCAGAACUGUUUCAAACACGUCGACAUAAAUCUCACUUCUACAGCUCCCUUUUCUCCUUUCCCUCCUGACGGACUUCAUUACUUUAUUCAUCUGCGCGCCAAUGCCCGAGACCACGCAGAAACGGAGGAUUUUUUUCCCUUGAGCAUGAAAAGGAUUGCCAAAUCAUCCGCAAUCCAACAUCACCGACUGAGCCACCAGCAUGAGCACUGGAUACAUAUGCUCCAGCAGAAGUUGUUGGCGAGAGAACUAAGAAAUCUUGGACCACAAAUACAGCUAAGAGGGGAGAGUCAGUUUUAGGUCUCCACAUAAUGGAGCGAGAAUGAACAGAGAGCGGCUUAAAAAAAAGCAUGAACUGGAGGUUUAUUGAGGUCAUCUGCUUCCUGUUUAUAUGGGACCAUAUAACAGUUCAGUCUUCCCGCCAGGAUCCGUUGGCCACUGAACAACAUGUCACCAAGCAAUAUGACUGGCUCAUCUCUGACCGCGGACCUUUCCACCACUCUCGGAGUUAUCUGUCCUUUGUGGAAAGAUUCCGCCAAGGAUUUACGACUAGAUAUAAAAUUUAUAGGGAAUUUGCACGUUGGAAGGUGAGGAACACUGCAAUUGAAAGGAGGGAUCUUAUUCGGAACCCUGUGCCACUCAUGCCUGAGUUCCAGCGCAGUGUACGCCUGCUGGGACGCAGGCCCACUACUCAGCAGUUCAUUGACACUAUCAUUAAGAAAUAUGGAACUCACAUUCUCAUCUCAGCCACCCUGGGAGGGGAGGAGGCACUGACAAUGUACCUGGCCAAAAACAAGCUGGACAGAAAGCUUGCCAACGCUACUCAGAAUGUGGAAGCCCUCCAUCAGUUGGCUUCGUCUUACUUCAUUGACCGUGACGGUACAAUGAGGAAGCUGCACGAGAUCCAGAUUUCCACCAAUGCCAUCAAGGUGACAGAGACACGGACGGGCCCGCUGGGAUGCAGUAGCUAUGACAAUCUGGACUCGGUUAGCUCAAUCCUUCUGCAGAGCCCUGAGAGCAAGCUUCAUCUACAAGGCCUGCAGGUUAUUUUCCCAGAAUACCUGCAAGAGAAAUUUGUCCAGUCAGCUCUGAGCUACAUUAUGUGCAAUGGAGAGGGGGAAUAUGUGUGCCAUAACAACCAAUGCAUCUGUCAGUGUGCCGAGGAGUAUCCCCAAUGCAACUGUCCUAUAACCGACAUCCAGAUCAUGGAGAACACCCUGCUGGGGAUGUAUGAGUCAUGGGCAGCCUCCUACAAAGACUUUGAAAACUCUGAUGAGUUCAAGUCAUUUCUGAAGAGGCUGCCCUCCACUCAUUUCCUGCCCAUCAGCAGUGUGCAUCUUCUCUGGGGCAGCGACUGGGAUUUGCAGGCCCGCUACAGGCUUCUUCAGAGUUCCCUGGAGGUGCAGCGACUGAAGAUCCAGCGCACCGCCCGCAAGCUCUUCAGCCUCAGCAUCCGCUGUCACCACAAUCCCAACCACCAGAUGCCUAGGGAGAGAUCUGUGAUGCAGUGGCUCAACAGGGUUCAGUCUUUCCUGUACUGCAAUGAGAAUGGGUUUUGGGGGACCUUCCUGGAGAGCCAAAGGACGUGUGUGUGCCACACAGGUGUCACACUGUGCCAGCGACCCAUACCGUGUGUCAUAGGUGGAAACAACAGCUGUGCCAUGUGCAGCCUGGCAAACAUCUCACAAUGUGGCUCAUGCAACAAGGGCUACAAGUUGUAUCGUGGUCGCUGUGAACCUCAGAAUGUGGACUCAGAACGCAGCGAGCAGUUCAUCAGCUUUGAAACUGAUCUGGACUUUCAGGACUUGGAACUCAAAUACCUGUUACAGAAAAUGGAUUCACGUUUGUACAUUCAUACUACUUUCAUUAGUAAUGAGAUCCGACUAGAGACAUUCUUUGACCCACGCUGGCGUAAGCGCAUGUCCCUGACUCUCAAAAGUAACAAAAACAGGAUGGACUACCUCCACAUGAUAAUUGGUUUAUCAAUGAAGAUCUGCCAGAUGCGAAACAGCAGCAUUGACCCCAUGUUCUUUGUUUAUGUCAACCCAUUUAGUGGUAGCCACUCUGAAGGCUGGAGCAUGCCCUUUGGUGAACAUGGUUACCCACGCUGGGAAAAGGUACGGCUGCAGAACUCCCAGUGCUUCAACUGGACUCUUGUACUGGGUAACCGGUGGAAGACCUUCUUUGAGACGGUGCACAUUUAUUUGCGUAGUCGUGCCAAGGUCCCAUCUGGCCUCCGCAAUGAUACAGGACAGGGCCCGGUGGACCUUGCAGACCCUAACAAGCGCCAAAUCUACAUAAAAAUCUCUGAUAUCCAAGUUUUUGGUUACAGCCUGCGCUUUAAUGCAGACUUGCUUCGUAGUGCUGUGCAGCAGGUUAACCAGUCAUACACGCAAGGUACACAGUUUUACUCCUCCUCAUCUGUUAUGCUCCUCUUAUUGGACAUUAGGGAUCGGAUAAACCGUCUAGCGCCUCCCUCUGCACCUGGCAAACCCCAGUUGGACCUCUUCUCUUGUAUGCUAAAGCAUAGGCUCAAGCUCAACAACAGCGAGAUGAUUCGAGUGAAUCAUGCAUUGGACAUGUACAGCACAGAGAUAUUAAAACAGUCUGAUCACCUGACUGCUAAACUCUGUUGAACAUUCACAUAAGGACAGCAAAUUUAACAGAAACACCCGACAAAUGAACUAUGGGGGUAUAUUACUCUUACUAUUUUUUUUCUCUUUUUCAUUUUUUGACCUUUUCUGCCUUUUGAUGUAAUAUUAACUUUGUAAGCAUAAUUCUUAAAGAGAAAAAGGAAAAGGCAGUGAUGAAAAGCUUUUCUGGCAUAUAAAGAAGACUACUGAAACAACUAUAAGGACUGUAUCAUAUUUGUCCCAGCAUGUCUGUAAAUCCCUAAAAGAACUUAAAAUGAGAAAGAGACAGAAAAAAACAACAAAACAAAACAAAAAACAUGAAAUUUAUGUACUGGUAAAAAAGAGGCCUUGAUUUUACUCUGAGGGAUCAAAGGUUAUAUCUGAAACUGCCAUUCUUUAUUGAAAAAAAAGGAAAAAAAACAUUUUUAAAAGAAAUAAUGAUAACACAAGGGCAGACCAGAUAUCACUUCAUUCUAGCUAAUGAGCUAAACGACAGUUUAAUAUUCAAAAUGUUUAUACAUCGUAAGGAUUAAGUAUCCCUAGUGAGUAAGUAGUCAACACAUUACUGAUAGACUUUAUUACAUUUCAGACCCACGGUGAAUCUGCAUUGCUCUUUGUGAGUUAUGAGGCACUCUGUCAUUGUUCUGACACAUAAGGCACACAGCAGGGCAGUAAUGGAUAGUCAUGUCAAAACAAAAGCCAGCUGUUUAUAUAUACAUAUGUGGUUGAAUGUGUGUGUAUGUGAGAGUGUGCGCUUGUGUAUAUCCUUUUUAUUAUUAUUAUUAUUAUUAUUAUUUGGCUUGAUGCUUAUUGCUGUUUGUUAAUUGAAUGUGUCAUUUGAGAUUGACUCCAGUGUUUGCUGAUUCUUGCAUUUGGAGCGCUUCUUCCCGUGUUUGAAAUUCAAGCUGUGUUUUCCACAAGGCAGUACCUCCUGGUGCGUGAGUGCAAUAUUGUGGUCUGAAGAUUUAACAAUCAAUGCUAUUUUGUACAGCUUUGCAAAAUGUACAUGUUGUGACUGCUGAUUUGUGGAGCUUUUCAGCACCAAGAGCAAAAUGUAAGCAUUCAUCAUUCAGUCACGUUUGCAAGACAAUUUAAAGCCAUACACUUCCCUGAGGUAGACAUAAAGUAAAGUAAGUUCAUAACCUUUAUUCACUUCAUAACACACGGAAAAAAUGUUCAAGUUAUAUGUUUUUGUUUUAGUCCCUCAGCUGAUUUCAGAUAAGAGCACAGCAAAAGGGAAGUUGACAGAGGAGAGUGUAUAUUAUAUUGAAUAGGAAUGUCUUGUAAAGCCAUUGAUUUUUCAUGUUGUUACACAGGGGGAAAAAAAAAAAAGAAAAAUAUGAAGAAAUGGUUGAAUACUAAAGUAUAAAAUACCCUUUUGGCAGUGUUUAAUCUGUACGCUUUUGAUGGCCACGUGUAUAAAUGUCUGUUUUCCUUUUGCAAUAUGAAAUCAAUAACAUUUUUUGCAUGUUGCUGGAAGCAUCAACAACUCUCAUCAUCCAAAUGAAAUAUAAAACACUACCUAUGUAUUAAUGGUCAAACUUUAUUUGGGUAAUCCAAUGCUGAAAUAUUUCUACUACUGUUAACUUUUUGUAGGUCUAGUCCUUUGCUUGGAUGUUUGUUAACGAAGAUGUUGUACAACCAAGUUGGUCUGGCCAUUUUCGGGAGUUCAAACUUUAAAAAAAAAAAAAACGGGGGACAUUGAGUAGUUGCUGUCAUCUAAGCCAAACUCUGUAAAACAAAACAAAAACAACAAAAACAUUCCUCCCGGUGUAAAAGCUGUCAAAAAUCCAUAUUUUUCCAAGUGUUCCGCCAACGUUAAUAUUAUUUUUUUUAUGUGCUAGUCUCUUGAUGUAGAUAGUUUAGCAGUAUUAGUACUUUAGUUCAAUUAUAUGUUAUUUUGACCUAACUUGGUUCUUACAUUGUAAUGACACUAGUCUAUGGGGUCAGUUGUAAGUGUAGACAGUGGUAAUGAGUAAUGAUUUUCAUCUGGGUGACAACGACAAUGAAGGUGUAAUUCCUAAACCAAGCCCUGGACUAACGUGUCAUUACACUUACUCAGCUUCAGAUUUCACUGCUUUCAGAAUUCCAACUUGAAUAGUAUCAGUAUCCCAUCUAACUUUGUUUUACAAAGAUUACUCAUAUGUUUUAUUAUUAUGUUGCCAGUCUUGUGAAGCAUGUUUAUUGCCUGGGAGGUGCUUUUUUUUUUUUUUUUAAAUCACAACUUACUAUAAAGCAUUAUUACAAACUAAAAUUACAUUCAGGAGAUAUGAUUGUUAAUAGCAGAAUAGGCUGAUUUGUAUAAGUUUGGAUAACAACAGCUCAGCUUGUCAGCCUUUGCUCUAUUUUGGUGAAUUAAUCGAGGCUGUGUCAGAAAAACAAGUUGCAUGUUGUAGUACUAGGUCAGUUAGUUCAUGUUCACAUGGUAAUGGUGUGUUCAGAGCAAACUCAAGUAGAAUCACAUAUGUUCAGAAUUUACCAGAAUCUCAUAAUUCAGUCGACUGUUCUCCAAGAUUUAUCUAACUUUUUCAGUUUCUGUAUAAAAGAAGUUAAAUCAUAUAACUCCAGAUGCCCAUACAUAGCAACAAUGGACUAGGCAUCCAUUUGUGAUCGUCAGUGAUGUCAGGAGAAUAUCAUUAUUGACAUAUUUUCAUGCACGUGGAAAACUUUAGGCAAAUAUCAAACAGAGCUGAGGCUGACAAGAUGAUGCCCUAAAAUGGCCCUAUAUAUACACAUUUCUUGAUUGUUUAGCAUCAUUAUUGGACUAUCCAAAUGAAUUGUCUCCAUUUCAUUAUUAUUAUUAUUAUUAUUAUUAUUAUUAAGUGCCUGUUAUUGAUCCCUUUAACAUGUUUAGACCUGGAGUAAAACUUUGAGAUAUUAAACAGAAGAAUGACACUGAAUUACUUUCAGAAUUUAAGACCAUAAAUGUUGAAAUAUACUCUUUUAAUGUCCUCCUGGCAGCUACGCCGUCAGGUGUGCGCAUGUGGGGGAGCUGACCACCAGACAGAGACAACAGAUGACUCAAAGUAAUGGUGGAUAUUUAUUGUCUCCUGCUGUACAAUAUAUCUGUAAAUAUGAACACUGUUACAGUAACAAUGCUCUGCUACAGUAACAAUAUUAUAAAAUAUAACAGUAUUGAAAGGGAAUACAAAGACUACUUCAAAAAGGCCCUCCAUUUGAGUACAUUAGCACAAAGUACAGGGCACUCAUGUCUUAUGUAUCUAAUUAGAAUCAUGAUCAUUUAUGACUGUUUUUAUAUUGUCAAAGUGUAUAUUAAAAUUUAGUUUUGAUCCACUUGCAAGAUCCAUAAAACAAGCACAUUUUCUUGUAUGGCAUUAUGCUACCACAGUGUUGCUUAUUGUAUAUGUAUCCAUGGAUAUGUCUGAUAAUGAUUUUUACACCUAAUACCUUGCCUAUGUACUUAUUUUGCUAUUCUUUUGGGAUCAUUAUCAGCUUAUUUUAAAUGAAUGUUUCAUAUAAUAAUCUAUUUCUCAUUAAAAUGCUAUAUUUAAUAAGAAGAGCAA